CACUUUGCCAUACGUCUUCAAGUCACAUGGCUGAAUUCACAACAGAUUUUCAAAGCCUUAGACCUUCCUUUCCUUUCUUAGACAUUGAUCCAAGCUUGGAACUUAUGAACCAUUUCACAGGCAUGAUGAGCCCACUUGUCCUGGACAACCUAUCUAAAUGUUCAGGCAUUCCUUUCUCUCAAGACCCUGAUUUUCCAGCCAACUUGGAUGGAACUUUCCCUUUUUUACCAGCAGAAAACGAAAUCCAGGAUAGUGAAAAGAGGAAAGCCAUUGAUCAUGUUUCAGAGACCAGUUCUGUAAACCCGGCUCCUGCAGUUUCUGAGAGUGGAAGCAAGAGUUCUGGAAGAGUUAAGAGAGCCAAGAGCAACAUAACAGAAGAAGGUAAACCAAAGGAGGUGGUUCAUGUCAGAGCCAGAAGAGGUCAAGCUACGGACAGUCACAGUUUAGCAGAAAGGGUCAGAAGGGGGAAAAUCAAUGAAAAAAUAAGACGUUUGCAGACCAUUGUCCCAGGAUGUUACAAGACCAUGGGUAUGGCAGUGAUGUUAGACGAGAUUAUAAACUAUGUUCAGUCCUUGCAGCAUCAGGUGGAGUUUCUAUCUAUGAAGCUGACUGCAGCAAGUACCUUCUAUGAUUUCAAUUCAGAGACAGAUGCUAUAGAAACAAUGCAGAGAGCAAAGGCAUUCAAGGCAAAAGGAUUAUCCUCAAGAAAUGGUGAAGAAGGAUACGGUGGGGGGGUCUCUUGCUUUCAUCCAACUUGGCCUCUCUGAUUAUUUCAGUUUUGAGGACUUCUGUGAUUCUGUCUCAUGUCAUGACCAAGAAAAUUAAUGGAUCAAGAGGACGCUCCAUAUUUUGUCCUUUUCUUUUCAAAUUGAAGCUUCCAUUUG